AUGAACAAAAAACGAGACGAGUUGGAGGAAAAAUUUGGAUUCAGUUUUCAAAACUUGCCUGACGAGUGUAUUACAUGGUUGACGUGCGACUUGAAAAUACGAACCGAUUACGUAAGACGGAAAAUUCCCGACUUGCCUUCGUGUCCUUGCUCGUACCCAAUAAAUGCAAUUGUAAACCCUGACUACGAACUACACGACCCGAUUCGGAACGAGUCGUUCAAGUGGCGAGAAGCUGCUGACGUCAUUGAAAAUUACGGCCGAGACAGCUACGGAGUCGGGAAAUGUGUUCGGACCCUCGCGUGGUACAGUGACCCGAGAAAUCUGGCAUCUCGUGUUUGCUGUUACGACAACGACUUGGCUUUGAUCACGCGGGGCGGCGCGGCCGGAGGGUACGAAUUAGUUUCGCCCGACCGAAAUUCGGAGUACAACGAAAAGUUAGAUUACAUGCCGUAUGUUAUUUGUAAGAUGGAUUGGCGCGCAGUUCAGACCCAAAUUCAACCGAACAACGAGCAAAAGUGUUCGGAAAACCCGGACGAUGAAACUUAUAAAGCGCAAGUUAAAAAACUUGAAGAAUCUUUUUCUCGAAUAUGA